AUGCAGCCUUCGCAUAUCGCGCAUACUGACUUGGCCGCAGACGUCCCAGUCUGCCAUCCUCCACUUCCAUACCGCCCUCGUGCACACGAACCCGUCCCCAGGUGGGACUUGCUGCGUGCAGGCGAGCGAGUAUCCAUGGACAUCGAAUUCCAGCUCUACAAGAAAGACCCCGCCAUCUGGGCCGACGCCAAAAUCAAAGGCACCAAGAUCAAGCGCCAACACCGUAUCGGCCACGUCACCGUCGUCAACGAGCAGAGGGAAGUCGUGCUUGAUGUCUUCGCCGCGUGUCCCGUCGAGGAAGGCGUCGAGGUGAGUCUCCCGCCCCCUGAGUUUGGCGUGGACUGGGAGGAUCUCAAAGUCGAGAAUGGCGCUGUCCCAGGUGAGAUUGUCGAGACGUGGCUGCAGCAGAUCUUCACGAACCGCACCGUCAUCCUGCACGGCGGGAGCGGGGACGUCUAUCAUCGAUACACAGGAUCUGUACUGCUGGCUUAUGCCGUGUAG